AACGUGAUGCCUCAUUACAGGUCAGACCUAAAUUACAUUGACCGCUAAACAUUUAAGAAUUUUACACUUAAACAAGGGACGGGAGGAAUAAUAAAUCAACUCCCUCCCCCGACAAGGCGAGAAAAACAGACCGGAAAAUGGUCGCACCCAACUGCAUCAUCAAAUAUGUGGGGUUCACUCAAACCGGAAGUGGUGAAAUUCUAUCCCCCCGCUGUAUCAAGUUUUAUAUAAUGAUCGCCUCUCCCCGUCGGAAUUCAUUCAAGUCACAUCUCUGAGAGACGAGACGUUCUACAAACCACAUUUUUAACUUCUUUCAAGCAUCUUGAUUUUUUGUUCUGCUGCAACAUGGGUUCGACCGCGCUGAGAAAUCUACUUGUACUUUGCGUGGUGCUGGGAUUCGCUCAGAAUGUCUACUCGCUCAAGUGCUACCAGUGCUACAAUGAGACACGUGAUGGCUGCGAGGAGAACGAGAAGGUAGUCCAGUGUUCUGAUGGAACUGCGUGCGCAUACAUUCAACUGGUGCUGACCUUUGACUACGGUGGCGGUGCCAAGAUCAACAAAGACUCUUACAUGAAAAACUGCUUCGUUCCAAGUGCAAAUUGCUCGUCGUUUUUUAAUGAAACGCAAACCCUGACUGUCAAAAGCUGCAUUUACAUUAAAAACAAAUGCUCAAAAGAUUACUGCAACGGCGUGGCGCCCACAACAGUAAUGACCAGCGGUACGGGUAUGACGGCAGGGACCACAGGAAGACCAAAUAAAGUGACUUCGCCUAACAAUAGCGUGCCUGGAAUUGUGGGUAGCACAUUUACAGUAUUGCUGCUUUGGAGUGCCACGUGGUUAUUAUAAGGACUUAUGAACUCUGUUAAUAAUGUUACUAUUUUCAUUGAAGAAAGCGAUUCUUUUCUGUUUGUGCAUAUACUAGGCCCCCCGAGUGGUCUUUGGCGAGCACUUGCGAGCACCCCGUUUUUUAUGCGAGACAUUUUUAGUUGUUGAAUAAAUCGAGCAGCAGCGAGAACAUCGAGAAAUACAAUGCGAGCACGGUGUAAAAAAAUUGCGCGAGCGUGCGAGCAUUAGCCGGAAACUGCGAGCACUUCGAAAUUUCGGGGGGCCAUUCGGGGGCCCUUAUAUUUUUGCUCCAUGAAUGAAGAAGCAUUUUUUAAAUUGAGUUAAGAUUUUUAUCUCUUUUUAAAACUUUCUAAAGCUUUAUGACUGUAUCAUUUGAUUACCACGAUGUCAUGGUUGUUUGCCUAUUUAUUCCAUUACUCUAUACACACACUAUACACCUCUAGUUUCUAUACUUUAUAUAGUUUACUCAAUUCUGGAGGGGAGAAAUCUGUUUCAAAGACCUAGAGCUCAGCACAGUUUACAGGAUCUCUUGCAGUUCUCCCGUACGUAUUGGUGCCAACUACAGUACUGCUUAAACCACUGA